UUAAAUGCAGUUACAAGUCACAAGAGGUUACAAGAGGACUAUCUCUCUAUCGUCAGAUCAUUCUGCGCAGCUCAGAGAAGUGACUUCUCUCAAUGGAGAUGAUUUACAGCGAGCUUGAUCUCAUUCCUGAAGAUGAGCUUCACCUUACGACCAUGAAUGAGAAUGCUAACAAUUUUCAUGCUAGCAAGCUGUAAUGUGGAGCAGCAGCAUAGACCGAAGAAAUCGGCAUUGAUAGCAUCCCCCAAAUCUGGGAUGUAGUGUCUCAUAAAGACUACAGAGGAGAAGGCAAGCAGUCGUGCUUUGGAAAAGAAGUUGUUGCCCUCGAGGAGAGUCUAAAGAUGCGGUCUUAGAUCUAGCGAAAGAGACAACUAGGAAGAUAAGAUAUGAACUGGAGGACUCCCAUUUAUGGGCUGGGCAGCUUGACGAAGCUAUCUGAGUUUUGAGGGAGUAAAAUGCGGAGCGUGGGGAGACUCGUCUGUCUUCUUCCGCCGAUGUUUUGGCUCACUUUACCCAAUAUCAACAGUAACUCGGCAUGCAUUCUUACUUGCGAGUAUAAGAAGCGAGAAAAAUUCUGCCUCAAAUCUCGUUAAGUUCAAUCAUCUAAUGAUGAGGAUUAAGGAAUCAAAGAAUUUCUUCAUCCUUCUAACUAAUGAUGAGACUUCACUAGUAUGCUCCAGUGGAAGCGAGGAGGGCAACCCACAGGUUCGACAAUGGUUCACUCGGUAGUUGAAGAUUCUGAAAACAAGGAGCUCGACAUAGCUAUCCUUUCUUCUUCGCAUCGGUUGUCGUCUGAUAACUUCACAUCAGCUUAUAAGGUUGGUCUCCCGCCUGGACGAACUUUGGUGAGUGAAUUUGGUGAUAAGCUGAAGGAAGCUUUAUUUACGAAUGAUCCUUUGCGGCCUUACAAGAAUAAAAAACGAUCAAGGCAAUUUAUAAUAGGACUUCAGUCCUUAUUCCCAAUUCUUGAGUGGGGAAACAUUAAGUUGAAAGGAGAUGUUAUUGCUGGAUUGACAAUUGCAAGUCUUUGCAUCCCUCAGGAUAUUGGGUAUGCCAAACUUGCAAACUUGGAUCCUCAGUAUGGGUUAUAUUCUAGCUUUGUGUCACCGCUUGUUUAUGCUGUUCUGGGAAGUUCGAGAGAUAUUGCCAUUGGCCCAGUUGCCGUUGUGUCCCUCUUGCUCGGCAGCCUUCUUCAGAAAGAAUUUGAUUACGUGAAGAAUAGGGCAGAAUAUUAUAGGCUGGCAUUUACUGCUACCUUUUUUGCUGGUGUUUGUGAGGCAGCGCUUGGAUGCUUGAGAUUGGGAUUUAUAAUAGACUUCCUAUCUCAUGCUGCUAUUAUUGGAUUCAUGGGCGGGGCAGCCAUUACAAUUGGCCUUCAACAGCUGAAAGGAUUUCUAGGUAUUAAGAACUUUACAAAGAAGACGGAUAUAAUAUCUGUGAUGAAGUCUGUCUGGGGUUCAGUUCAUCAUGGUUGGAACUGGCAAACUAUAAUUAUUGGGAUGGCCUUCUUGGGAUUUCUUCUUCUUGCUAAAUAUAUAGGAAAGAAGAGGAGUCUCUUUUGGGUGCCAGCAAUCGCACCACUAAUCUCUAUAAUUCUUUCCACUUUCUUUGUGUACAUCACCCAUGCCAACAAACAUGGGGUUCAGAUUGUGAAUCAUAUAAAAAAAGGCAUUAAUCCAUCGUCGGCACAUCAAAUUUACUUUAGUGGUUCAAAUCUUAUAAAAGGAGUAAAGAUUGGUGUUGUUUCUGGGAUGAUAGCAAUGACUGAAGCUGUGGCAAUAGGUAGAACAUUUGCUGCCAUGAAGGAAUAUCAGUUGGAUGGAAACAAAGAAAUGGUGGCCCUUGGAACUAUGAACAUUAUUGGGUCUUUGACUUCUUGCUACAUAGCCACCGGUUCUUUCUCUAGAUCAGCUGUGAAUCACAUGGCUGGAUGUCAAACAGCUGCUUCCAAUAUUGUCAUGUCCAUAGUAGUGGGAUUGACAUUGGAACUCAUCACUCCCCUAUUCAAAUACACACCAAAUGCAAUCCUUUCAUCAAUCAUCAUCAAUGCUGUGAUCGGCCUCAUCGACUAUGAUGCGGCUAUACUUAUCUGGAAGGUUGAUAAGCUUGACUUCAUUGCCUGCAUGGGAGCUUUUCUUGGUGUGCUCUUUGUUAGUGUUGAGAUUGGUCUCUUAAUUGCUGUUUCAGUAUCAUUUUCUAAAAUCCUUCUUCAGAUGACUAGACCAAGAAUUGUAUUACUUGGAAAGCUCUCAAGGACUUCCAUUUAUAGGAACAUUCAACAAUACCCUGAGGCAAAUAGAGUUCCCAAAUUCGUAAUUGUUAGAGUUGAUUGUGCUAUCUACUUCUCAAACUCUAACUAUGCCAAGGAGAGGAUCCUUGGGUGGCUUAGAGAUGAGGAGGAAAAAAUAAUGGAGAACAACCUACCACAAAUCAAAUUCUUAAUUGUUGAACUGUCUCCGGUCGCCGACAUCGACACCACCGGAAUCCAUGUCUUUGAGGAGCUUCACAAGUGCUUGAAGAAGAAAGAUAUUGAGCUUAUUCUUGUGAAUCCGGGGCCUGCGGUGAUGGAAAAGUUCCAAGCUUCCAAGUUUACAGAGUUGAUAGGAUGCAGCAAGAUCUUCUUGACAGUUGGUGAAGCUGUAGCAAAUUGCUCCACAAUGGCUGCUGAACAAGCUUAAAGAAGAGAAAGCAAAACAUGGGACAGUUUUGUAAAUAGUUUUAUUUAAUGAUGAAAUAAUCAGUGUGAUUAGCUUGUAGAUGUGAGGAAGCUCGGCAUAGUUUAGAGUAGCUGAACAACGUUGCCUUGAGUGGGAUAAUAACUAGAUAAUUUGUGAGUUGUGGACUGAAAAAUUAUGCUGAGAUUUGUUUUGAUGUAUGAAUCUUAUAUUCUCUAGAAGGAAGGUUUACAGA